UUUGAGUGCUGUGGCGACGAGGUGCUAGUGGAGUCGUCGCCGCCCGCCUCGCCGGUCAUGGCGGCGCGGCUCGCUCAGCCUGCGCAGGGAGCGGGCGCGGGCGGCGGCGCGUCGCCGAGCGCCGUGCGGGAGCUGAUUGUCAUACCGGAGAUCUCUAACACUAUUAGCUUGCAGCAGGCCAUACAACAGGUGUCCAGCACGGUGGUGGAAGUGAACGGCGAUAGCUCCGGCCACUCGAGCCCUACGACCGAGGCCCGACACACAUACAUCACUGUGGCCAUGCAGGACGAAUGGCAGAACGAGAUCGGCCCGUUGCCGGUCAAGGCCGAGAUCCACAGUGACCAAGAAAGCGAGGGCAGUAAUGGGGUCAACUAUCAUGUGCAAUACGUGGAGCCUCAAGAGAUCUACACCCAGGGCCAUGAGACUCAUAUGGAAACUCUUCGCUCCUACCCCGUGUAUGGCGUCGCAACGGUCAAUGCGGCCGAGCAGCCGACCGAGUCGUGGAGCGCCGACGAGUUCUCGUACAGCGUGGUCGCGGGCACAGAUGAGGCCACGUCACCGACGCCCGCUCCCACCACACCGCCGCAACCACGCAUGCCGCCCGCCACCGUGCAGUGGCUGCUCGACAACUACGAGACUGCCGAUGGCGUAUCUCUGCCACGGUCGACUCUCUACGCUCACUACCUCCGACACUGCUCGGCCCACCGAUUGGACCCAGUGAACGCGGCUUCGUUUGGCAAGCUGAUCCGUUCCGUGUUCGUCGGCCUGCGGACCAGGAGGCUCGGCACGCGCGGCAACUCCAAGUAUCACUACUACGGCAUCAGGGCGAAAGCCAGCAUUCCCGCUUCGCCGCCGCCCGACCCUAGCGACGAGAAGGCUGAUGUCCAAGAUAUGCAGGAGUCGCGCUCGGGCUCGGGCGAGCCGGGCGCGCCGGGCGCGGCGGGCGGCGUGGCCGGGCUGGCGCACCGGCAGUACCUGGGCGCCGUGGUGGCCGCCUCGCCGCCCGCGCCGCCCGCGCUGCCCGCCGCCGCCGCGCACGACCUGCCGCCCUCGUCGCUCCCUGCACUACAGGACCACCACCGUGAGCACGGCGUCGAAUUCCUUGAGGCCGUGGCGGCGCUAGACAUAGCUGCCGUGGAGCGCUCCCGCCGCAACUUCUGGCGGAGGCCCCCGGCCGCUCUGUGCCGCCGCGUGCUGUACCGGCUAGCCGCACGAAAGGACGUGGCCGCUUGGUUGCGCCGGGCCGACUUGGAGCUCUACCAGCGGGCCGUGGAGCUGCUGCUGCCCGACGUGCUCCGCCCCAUACCGCCGCAGCUUACACAGGCAAUCCGCAACUUCGCCAAGAGCCUGGAGUCCGCCCUGGCUGCGGGGUCGGGCUGCGCGCCGGCGGCGGCGAGCCGCGCGCAGGCGUCGGCGGCGGCGGCGCUGGCGGCCGCGCUGCGCCGCUACACCUCGCUCAACCACCUGGCGCAGGCCGCGCGCGCCGUGCUCGCCAACCAGCACCAGAUACAACAGAUGCUGUCGGACCUGAACCGCGUGGACUUCCGCGUGGUGCGCGAGCAGGCGGCCUGGGCGUGCUCGUGCGGCAGCGCCGCCACCGCGCACCGCCUCGAGGCCGACUUCAAGGCGACACUAGGCCGCGGGGCAACGCUAGAGCAAUGGGCAGCGUGGCUAGAAGGCUGCGUCCGCGGCGCGCUGGCGGCCCACGAGCGCCGCCCGGACUACACGGCUCGCGCGCGCCGGCUGCUGCUCGACUGGUCCUUCUACUCGUCCCUGGUCAUACGCGAGCUCACACUACGAUCGGCGGCGUCGUUCGGCUCGUUCCACCUGAUCCGGCUGCUGUACGACGAGUACGUGUCGUACCUGAUCGAGCGGCGCGUGGCGCAGCACCACCGCGCGCCGCCCAUCGCCGUCAUGCAGCGCGCGCCGGAAGAAGAGGAAGAGGUAGCCGAAGAAGCGCCCCGGGAAGACGAGGAAGAGGGCGAGGGAGACUGGGACUGGGGCGACGACGACGAGGACGAGGACGAGCCGCUGCCCUGCAAGAAGGCCAAGCUGCCGGAGUGAGCGCCGGCUGCGCGCUGCGGCGCUGCGGCCCAAGGGCACCUGCCUCAAGUAAACCUUGAGACGAAAGUGGACGUCUGCUCCAAAACCACCUUUCCAUACAAACGUAUUCCCCAUUUUCCUCUCUGGAUAUUAACAUUAUUGAAAAUAUUUUGAUAUCUACCAAGAGCUUUUAAAAGUUUGUUUUUUCGCUCCUGACUUUUAAAUAAUUAAAAAUCGACAAAAUCAAACUGGCGGGCAGAGCUGUAUUUAAUACGUCAUAUUGUGUAAAAAACCCAUAAUGUCAUUAUCCAGAAAGGAAAAUGAGGUCUACGUUCGUAUUGAGAAGCGGUCGUCCCCUUCCUCUAAAUAUUUCUAUAAAAUUAAAACAAGCUGCUGGACAGUAAAACUAUAAUAUAAAAGGGAGAAGGAAUCGAAGGCUAACGUAGAAAUAAAGCAGUUCGGUGGAUUCGAUUGGCAGAUAAAAUGUUUACAGGUCGAUAUAACCACAUCGCGAGACCUUCCGCUAGCGACUGUGGUCUCUCAAAACUCCUCCUCCCAUUUGGUGUACUUACAUGACGGCCGCCGCUGCGGCGAACUGCGCUUUCUACUUUAGGGCUGUGACCACAACACCUUACAAAAUCACCAUGCUGUCAGAUAAAUUUCGGUCGUAAUAAAAUUCAUUUUCUGUGUGCAGAGUUACAUGAUUGACUUUCAACUUUGCACUUUAAUUUCUUACAGGUUCGGAACUACCACUUUAGUAAUACUUUUCAUUGCAAAUUUAGGCAGUGCUUUAAAAAAAAUUGGAAGUGAGCAGUCUCUUCCUAUACAAAUAUCGACGACAUGAACAAUCGGUAGGCUAGCUUAUGAGAAUAGUAGACGACCACUUCUCCAUAUUAACGUAAUCCCCAUUUUCCUCCCUAGAUAGUGACAUAAUGGAAAAUAUUGUUUCUCAAACUUGUAAUGAAAUGUUGACAUGACUUACUUCAAAUUAGGUCCGGAAAUACCACAUAUCAGGUCCGAUGAGUGAAGAUGAUAUGUAAAGGAAUUUCAUACAGCCUUACACUCCUCGCUACGCUCGGCCGUCUAUAUCUACUUGACCUGCAACCCUUCGUUUCCCGUCCUCUAUAGUAAUGUACUAUUACACAAUUAUAUUAACCAUAGCUAUGACCCUUCGUUUGACUUGUUAAUUAUACAAAUACAAAAAUACUAAUACUAAUAUAAUACUUGUUUAUUAUCAGUUUUAGGAGCGAAAAUAAAAUUCCAUAUAAAUUUUAAAAGCUCCUAUUCUUAUUAAAAUAUAUAGAGCUAUAGUCCUUCGUUUUUUUUUUCGACCAUAGCUCUCUGCUCUAUAGUAAAUCAGGUUCAUCAAAUAGUUUAAAAAUAUUUGAUGUAAUGUUAUUAUCGAGAGAGGAUAAUGGGGACUACAUUUGUAUAGAGAAGCGGUCGUCCCCUUACCUCUUAACUGGUUGCACAUAGAGUUUAGCAUUUCUGUUGCUGUUUCUAGGGUUGGUAGCAUGGCAGAGGAACUGAAGGCUUUCGAUGAUAACAAUGCUUGGGAGUUAGUUAACGCUCCAGAUGAUGGUGCUAUAGUAAAAUGUAAGUGGGUUUUUAAAAAGAAACAAAAUGCAGAUAACAGCAUUCGGUAUAGAGCCAGACUAGUGGCUAAGGGCUUCACCCAAAGGCCAGGCAUUGAUUUCGAGGAAACCUUCUCUCCUGUUUUGCGCCAUUCAACUUUAAGAUUAAUGUUUGCAUUAGCUGUCAAAUUAAAUCUAAGUACAUGUCACUUAGAUGUGACAACUGCAUUUCUUAAUGGUUAUUUGUCGGAGAAAAUAUAUAUGCAAAAACCUGUAGGUUUAGAGUGUGACGAUGACAGCAAGGUUUUAAAAUUAACCAAGGUUUUCGUUUAAACUGUGCGCAUACAUAAAAUAUUAACACAGUUUGUAAGAUAUUAGUUUGUCUUAUUUUAGUGUUAGAAAUAUGACUCGAUUACUUUUAAAACCAUACAUAAUGUACAGUAAGGUGUUAUAAGACUUGAAUGUUAUUAUUAAGUAAACUGUACAUCUAUGAAUGCCCUUACGAGUCGUCCAACACCAACUGUAUAUAUUAGUACGUACUAACUUGGUGUGUUAAAUAUGUACAAGAUAUAUAGGUGUAUUACAUUAUAUACCUAAUAUUAAUCAUUGAAUCACUUAUCAUUUAGUGAAACUGAGUGAGUCCACUCGUAGGUGGCAUUGUAAUAUAAAUGAUGUCCCUUCACCGUACAUUAAUAUGGAGUAGAUCAUUUCCUCGUCUUCAUUGUGGACAAGUUGAUAAAGGGUAGUUAAUAUCAAAAUCUUGCCUAAAGAUCUAUGUAUAUUUAAAAAAAACUAAAAGGUUACGGAAUUGUACUAAAACACGUCUUUUUCUGGGACGUGUAAGUGUUUUCACUUGUAGGAUUUUUAUAGUACAUUACGAUACAAGUGCGAAAAAUAGGAAACUCGAAACAAGUGGCGAUAAAUUAAAACACGACCGAAGGGAGUGUUUUAAAUCGACACGAGUUGCGAAUUACCUAUUCGCACAUGUAUCGUACAACGUUAUACAGUACAUAUGGCCCUUUAAAUGGUCGACACAGUAACGUAAUAUGCUAAUUAUCGCACUAGUGCGGUAAAGUAGCACCAUAUGUACUGUAAAUUAUUUUACUGUAAUUACUGUGUUUUAAUUUAUCGCCACUCGUUUCGAAUUUCCUAUUUUUCGCAGUUGUAUCGUAAUGUACUAUUAUUAACGUUCUCACGUUCUUGGCAUCUAAUAAGUGUGUAUUUUUAGAUAUCACUAUUGACUGUCAAAUAGAAAUAGAGAAACCGUUAUUAAAUAUAUUUGAAAUUGAAAUACGUAUUCGUGCUGGAGCACUAAAGGUUGUGUAAAUACUUAUAAGGGCUUCAAUAAAUCAAAGAAGCUUUAAGCACAUGCAUUGGCCAGUGCUAAUGUUUGACCAAACUGUACAAAUGUUUUAAUAAAGUUCUGCAGAACUUGCCCUAAGUCAAACCAAUUGUAAAUAGGAAAAAAAUAAUUGUAUAUAAGCACAGUAGCGUUUGUAGCAUGCACCAGUUAAUAUAUUUUUUGAUUACCAAAGAAUUUCUGUGGAAUCUGAAUUGCUCAUUACUUUAGUCAUUAACCGUAAAAACCAUUCUGUUAGAAUUCUACGGUUUUAGAUCCAAGUGAUCCAACCAAUAAAUAAUAAAUAUUUCAUACAAAGCGAAGUAAUCGGAAUUUAUGACCUUACUUUCCUUUCAAAAUUGUCGGCAGAAAUCUUCUUCGUAAUAAAAUAACAAUGAUUAUUUCUUCUCAACUGGUAUAUGUCAUUUUUGUGUUGUUUGAAUAAUAAACUGUCUAUUAUUUCUAAAUUUCAUAGCUAAUGUCCCAAUUUGGGCCGUCUAUCAGUUGAGAGGUUGAUAAUAGAAAUAUAGAUUGCAAUGAUAUAAAGAGUUAAUUAAUUGUUAUUUUGUGAAUCUUCUCUUUCGGACGGUUUUCUGGUUGGGUUAUAUUUUUUAGUGGUUAUUGCUUUUAUGGGAUUAUUUGCAAUUGGAUCAUAGAUAUAUAUUACGUUGAAAUAAAUUAUUAUGUAAAUAAACGAGUAUACGAGGCAAUUAUCGGUGUUCUGUCUAGUGGUUCAGAUAAAAGUAACGGUUAUACUCGUAUAAGUGCCCGUUUGGUACGUGAUUUUGAUCGGGCAUAUAGAAAUGGCACGUUUUACGUUAUUACACACUAAAAAUAAACGAUAGAUAUGUUAACAAUUAUAAAGUAUACAGUUGCAACGAUGCUGUACAGUCACGUCUGAAAAUAUCUGUAAAAAAUGUGCCUAAAAUAUGUGUACACUACUAUACUAUACUACGGCAAUAAAGUCGUGUAUACAUAUUUUUGGCACUUUUUUCGUAUCUAUAUUUUCGGACGUGACCGUACAUACCACACAUUGAUCCUUAUGAAGACGCAUCGCAAUAAAAAACUUAUCAGAUUCAUCUCGUAUAAAUAAUAAACUCCAUUUCUAAACACCUAAAAGCUAGAGUACGAAAUCUAAAAUAGAUUUUUAAAUAAAGAAUGGCACAUAUUUUUAUAAAUCGGGUAUGAAAUGACAGAUAGCCUUUACAGAUGCCUUAUACACUGUACCUCGGAUCGGGAAGAAUUCGGACACAGGUUGUGUGUGAAAGCAAAUAAUAAUUCAAAAGUUGUGAUUUGUUUCCAUUGAUAAUAAAAGUAAUACAUUACUGUCCAUUUGUGUGCAUUACAUUAGUAAUAUAAUCAGUGAGUAUCAACUAUCAAUUAUGUCUAUACGGGAAAAAUGUUCAAUGAUUUUUAUUUCCUUUAACAGGAUACACGUUUUUGAACAUCAUUUCCGCGUUGAUACUGACUAUUAGUAAUAAAAUCGACUAAAGUUAAUCAUAAUUGACAAUAGCAGCGUAGUUGGGAGUUUUUUAAAGGAAAAGCUGAAUCAGAAGAGAUAAUGUUGCUUUUCUGAUUAAUCUAUUAUUCCCCAGAAAUGUCCUAAAAUGGGUUUGCCAGUGCCUAGAGUUAACGUAUUCAUAGAAGCAAACGUGAAAGCCUUUACGUAUUAGAAAUCGCACUAAGAAUUAUUUUUAUUUAGUAAUCCAAAUGUUUAUGUAUUGCGUAUAAUAGUUUAAAUGUAUAUAAAUUCGCAACUUGUAGGUAGUAACUAAUUAGUGGUUAAUAAAUGUCAUUACUAAUCUUGAAUGUUCUUCAAUGGGAGUCUUACAAUUCUUGAGAAGUCGAGACCAUUCUUAAUUAUCUUGAUAUAGUACUAAGAGUCUGUAAGUAAUAGGUGUCUUAUUCGUUUAGACGGACUGUAGCUAAAAGUUAGCUUUCUGUUAAACCUGAGAUUUAUUUUAUGGCCAUAAAUGUAAAGAUAAUAUGUUUACAAUCUAACUCGUUAUUGCUUUGUAAAAAAGUGGGAAAUGUUUACAACUUCAACAUCGGCUGUACUGUAAAGUCUAAUAAUUGAAUUUCAUUACCAUUGCGUACCUUGAUAGUGACAAUCAAUAUGAAAGUCGCUAGGAACCUCAUACUAUUGUCAGUGUGACAAGGUGGUAAUGAAAUUAAAUUCCUUUUCCGUACCUUACCAACAGAAUUAUUAGUAGGUAACGGUUGAAUUUCUUCGAAAAUGGAAAUUAAUAAGUGUAUCUACCCAUUUCAAUCCCAUGAAAGUUAAUUCCUUAAGUUAAAUUACCUGCACUGUUUUUGCAAUAUUUGACUAACUUCAUAAUUUAUUGGAUUUAGAAAGCAUUAGUAUGGGUUGUAAUCUUUUAAUCUUUUGAACGCCAAGAACACUUGAUGUUGUCGUUACUAGUCGUGCCCACCGCGCCAUGGGUGUUAUGGCGUACGCUGUCCAAGUAACCUUCACACUUUUAAGUAAUAAGGUUUACAUUAGCUCGCUUGCGCCCGUGACCUUGGCGGGUCAAUGCCGUUUUUGUUUAAAACGUUCAAAGGGUUAAGAACACAUUCUUUAUUAGAAAAUAAAUUGAUCUGCUAGGUGACCAGAAAAAAGUGGAAGAUGAACACGAGGAAUUUCUCAUACCUCAUUUACAUUUUGUCGUUUGUAUUUGUGAGAGUGGGCAGUGGUAGAAAGGCCUUCGUGCUUUUGCUCCUGGUUGAUCAUGAGCAAUGUAUAAACGGCGUAUUUUACGGUGUUUUUUUAAACUCCGUUAACUUCGGCGUAUGGCUGAUUUCUAUUUUAUUUUUCGUAAAAAGUAAUUAAUAGCGUUGUUGUAACACGGACAUUAUAUUUAAAUCCACCAAACAAUUGACAUUUCGAAUAUGGAUCGUCCGAGAUAUAAUUUGCGUUUAGUAGCAAAUAUAUAUAAACUCGAACUAAGCAUUAAUUAAUAUGUAAUCAGGCCCUAAGGCAAGUAAGUGUACAUGCUUAUCAGAUAAAAUCUCCAAAACGGAGUUAAUUAGAACACCAGUUUCUUUGAGAAAGUUACUUAAUUUAAGCUCAGGACAGGAAUCACCCUUUGCACCCUUGAAAUUAAUGGGCUUUAAAAAAACACCGUGUAGUUAUAUUGAUUUCUCCCUACCUAUUUCAACAACAAUGUUUUGCAAAGUGUGUAGAACUAUUCCAUGCUCUUUAGCUACAGUACUAGGUCUGAUACAUGAGCUUAAACUUUGUACCAAGUAGGUAAGUGUAUAUUUGUUCCGAUGUCAGAUGUUUAACUGAGCAACGAAUUGGACUGCAUUCCUGUGUAUACUGUUAACAUAUUUAAAAAAACUAUUAUUUUUGUAUGAUUUCUUAGGAUAGACAAAGAAAUAAUAUUGUUUUGAAAAGAGGUGAAAAAUAACGAGUUUGUUUUCGACAGCUGAACUAGAUGGAACUGUAAUGCCGGAUAAAUUUUUUCGUCUUGUUAUUCCUUUGUCUAUGCUUAUAGCAUAUCUUUUCAUUAAAGGUUUACCAUAACCAGAAAUUCAAAAGUCAUGUUAUUAAAAAUGCGAUGUCGGCGUAUUCAGCAAAGUAAAAUUUGAUUCCUAUUUAAUGUCAAUAUCUUAUGUGCCUCGUGACUUGGGACCGAGCAUUUUAAAUUAGAGGGAGCCGAAAAUACACGUGCAAUUAAGUUGCUAAUUUGAUAUCAUCUAGUUUCUGAGUGCGCCUCCUGAACAAAAAGUUUUCACAAACGGGGAUAUUAUUGCUAAUCCCUUUUUUUUGUUAUGUUAUAUUAACAUCGCUUGUUUUUUUCUAUUGACACCCGAUAACUUAACGUGUUGGUAUUUGUUUCUGUUCGUAAUAUUUUACAUUAGCAACUGUAAUUCUAGUCAUUCCCUGGCAGGAAUGUAGUCCAUAACCGCGGGUGACGCGUAGAGUAAGUGACAUGUUUAACUGUUGUAUAUGAUAUGAGCGAAAACUAUGUUUUGUAUGCAGGGAGACGAUGUACUAUGUCUGAGAAUAAAGCUAGUCAUGUGUU